GUCGUCUUAGGUGAUUCUAUCGAUGACUCAUCACCGCAGCCGCCCAUUGAUUCUACGAAAUCAGUGGAAGCAAUUUUUAUUCGUGAAGCAUUAGCGUUCCGUGCAAGGGGUGGAGGUUGCGGUAAGCCCCUCGUGCAUUACAUGGAUGGUUUUACUAUUGAGGAAUCUGACGUUCCGUUUCCGCUAACUCAGUACGAUAAACUCACUGAGCUGGUGUCAUCCGAUGUUCUGGACGAUAUCAUGCCGAUGAUUGCAGAUAUCGACGUCAAAACUAAAACUGAGCCUAAAGCCACACGUGCGAAAAACAGUCCACCAGCGAAGCAAGCGGCGCCAGUAGCAGAGCCAGAGAAGGAACAUAAAACUCGAAAGGCACCACCACGUGCGCGAAGGUCAACGACAGCACAAAGUGAGACGACGACUAAGCCGAAGAAGGAAGAGGUUCAAGAAGAAGAAUCACAAGAGGAUCAUGUUGAAGAGCGUAAACCAACUAAGAAUCGUCGACCUGGAUCUGCUAAUCAUGUUCCACGACGGCGAACAAAUGAGUUGGAGCUGCUAUUGAAUAUGGACUUCGGACCAAAAGAUGCUGGUCGGCGUAUACUGGACACCGAAAAACGAAAGAGCGUUCUGGAAAAGGAGAAGCGAACAUCGUCUGAAACUGGUGAAGAACACCACGAUUCAGCAGAUAAGCCUCGCUCGAGGCAGAAGCGGAGAAGCACCCAAUCAACAACGUCGGAGAGUCCGGCAAAAUCUGAGCGUCCACGAUCCUCGGUUGAGUCUGUCGAGCCCACGCGAAGAAGUAAGUUUCUGAGCUUGUGUAACUCAUUGAAAUACUAUUUAAAGCCUUAA